CUGUGUUUGUUAUUAUCUGUAGUCAUAAUAUUGCGUGUACAUUUCAGCUGGGCCCAACAUUACAGUCCAUUUUCCUCAUAAUGAUUUUCUAAGUGAUAACCUUUCGCAUUUUCGUGCAUUCAUGAAUAUACAUUAACUGUGCACAUUCAAACACAAACAUUAAGUUUGUGCAGCAUACGUCUGUGUAAUUAAUUUGUGUGCAACUAUAAUCUAAUUAGCGCAACUGCAGCAUUCGACAUGUCCACGACAGCAAUUGCAAUCAUUAGUUCCAUAUCUGUGGGAGCGUACCUCAUGACGGUACGCAUGAUACCCCGUCUCCGAGAAAUGUUCAUGAAGGCAAAUUUGUGCGGCCGAGAUCUGUGCAAAAAGGACAAGCCUCAGGUUCCCGAGUCCUAUGGUGUAAUUAUUGGCUGCGUUUUCUUGAUCUCAAUGUUUCUCUUUAUACCCAUACCAUUUGCAUUUGAUAAGGAUGCCGCAACGGAUGCAGUAACUGGCGGUAAGCCGGCCACGUUUCCCCACGAUAAGUUUGUGGAACUAAUUGCCGCUUUGUUAUCAAUAUGCUGUAUGAUAUUUCUUGGCUUUGCCGACGAUGUUCUCGACCUACGCUGGCGGCAUAAGCUUCUGCUUCCCACCAUAGCGACGUUGCCCCUGUUGAUGGUCUACUUUGUGAACUAUAAUUCAACGACGGUCAUGAUGCCCAACUUUGCACGCGGACUCUUUGGCACAUCAGUUAAUAUUGGCAUCUUGUAUUACAUAUUCAUGGGCAGUCUGGCUGUAUUCUGCACGAAUGCCAUUAAUAUACUCGCAGGCAUCAAUGGCCUGGAGGUGGGUCAGUCCAUAAUCAUUGCCGGCUCCGUAUUGGCAUUUAAUCUAAUCGAACUCAGCCUGGGCCAUCAGGUGGAAUCACAUCAAUUUUCACUCUACUUUAUGAUACCAUUUUUUGCUACCUCCUUGGCUUUAUGGAAAUUUAAUAGAUAUCCAUCUCAGGUGUUUGUGGGCGAUACGUAUUGUUAUUUUGCCGGCAUGUCGUUUGCCGUUGUUGGCAUUCUGGGGCAUUUUAGCAAAACGCUUUUGCUCUUCUUCAUACCGCAAAUACUCAAUUUUCUGUACUCGACCCCGCAAUUGUUUCACUUUGUGCCCUGCCCGAGGCAUCGAUUGCCCAAAUAUGAUGCCAAAACGGAUUUGUUGCACAUCAGCACAACGGAAUUUCGCAUCAACGAACUGGGCAGCCUGGGUCGCCUAAUGGUCAAAGUGCUGCGCACCUUCCGUCUGAUCAGCUGGCAGGAGCUGCCCGAUGGACGCGUUAUUACCAACAAUUUUACACUCAUCAACUUUGUGCUGGUCAUCUUUGGACCGGUGCAUGAACGUAUUGCUACUCAAAUGCUGAUGUCCUUCCAGUUGAUGUGCACCUUGGUGGCCCUUUUCAUACGUUACCCGCUUGCCAACUACUUCUACACAGUGGAAACAUAGUAAGCGUUCGAUUCGGUUAUGUCUAUAUAAAUAUAUUUAACAUAGUUUAUGUAAAUAUAAAACACAGUUCCCAAAACUAAUUUA